GCGUAAUUAAAAAGCGGCGGAAGACGGAGGGAGGGUCAUGACGCAGCGAGUUUCAGUCGUGACAUUUCCGGGGGUAUCUCGGCGUCGCCUUUUUCUCCCUUUAAAGUAAAACGUUGCCCGACGCACCCCUGUGCUUUUCUGGGGCGGGGGCGGCCGCCGCGGUUGGGGCGGGGGCGCUGACGCGAGUCGCUGGGGAGCCGCCGGCGGCGGCGGCGGGAGGUCACGUGGGCGUGUUUGGGGGCGGGUCCACGCGGCGGUUCCGGGCGGUUGGGCGCGCGAGCUUGGAGCCGAGGCAGCCGCGCCCGCCCGCGCCCGCCCGCCCCGCCCCGCCCCUGGAUGCCGCUCUGCCCCGGCGCGGCCGCCGCCGAUCGCAGCACAGGAGCCGCCGCCGCCGCAGUUGAUGUGGUUGGCCCGGGCCUGAGGAGGCCGCCAAGAUGCCGCAGUCCAAGUCCCGGAAGAUCGCGAUCUUGGGCUACCGGUCCGUGGGGAAAUCCUCGUUGACAAUUCAGUUUGUUGAAGGCCAAUUUGUUGACUCCUACGAUCCAACCAUAGAGAACACUUUCACAAAAUUGAUCACAGUAAAUGGACAAGAAUAUCAUCUUCAACUCGUAGACACAGCCGGGCAGGAUGAAUAUUCCAUCUUUCCUCAGACAUACUCCAUAGAUAUUAAUGGUUAUAUUCUUGUGUAUUCUGUUACAUCAAUCAAAAGUUUCGAAGUGAUUAAAGUUAUCCACGGCAAAUUGUUGGAUAUGGUGGGGAAAGUGCAAAUACCUAUUAUGUUGGUUGGGAAUAAGAAAGACCUACAUAUGGAAAGGGUGAUCAGUUACGAAGAAGGGAAAGCAUUAGCAGAAUCUUGGAAUGCAGCUUUUUUGGAAUCUUCUGCUAAAGAAAAUCAGACUGCUGUGGAUGUUUUUAGAAGGAUAAUUUUGGAGGCAGAAAAAAUUGAUGGGGCCGCUUCACAAGGGAAGUCUUCCUGCUCCGUGAUGUAAUUCCACUGCAGGACCUGAGGACACGGACCUGUCCUACCUGAAGAUGCAAACUGCCCGUUAUCCUUGAAGAUCAACUCUGCUUCGUUUUUCUUCUGUUAACCUGAACGAUUUCAUUUGGGUCAGAGCUUUUUCCCACCCCUUCUUUCAGAUUAUGUUAAACUCUGACUGUCCACAUGAGUUCACUUCCACUUUCAAAUUUUAAGCAAUCAUAUUUUCAAUUUAUAUAUUGUAUUUCUUAAUAUUAUGACCAAGAAUUUUAUCGGCAUUAAUUUUUUUCAGAGUAGUUUGUUGUUAAAAUAAUGUAAUCAUCAAAAUGAUACAUACUGUUACACUACUGUUAACUAGGCUUCCAUAUAUCAGUGUUUAUUUCAUUGUGUUAAAUGUAUACUUGUAAAUAAAAUAGCUGCAAACCUUAA